AUGGAGAGCACGUCACAAGGUAAUAAGCUUCUCGCCAUGCUUAACCAAGCCACUUCGGUUUUGACACCUACUUCUACCAUCUCUUCCGGUUCGGCACACUUUCUGAAAACACCUCAUCCUGUCUCACCACGAGAACCUUCACCCGUACCUCCCCCUCCUUCUCUUCAAGCGGUCUCAUUGUCGGAUCUGUUCGGGAUGGCCGCUGCCAAUGCCAAUCAGGAGAUUCAAGUACCAAUCGGUGGUGGUGGUUUGAAAUUAUCAAGCAUGUUUCCAGCUGUUCAAAAUCAGAAUAACGAGAAAGAAAUUUCACCUGUCAAGAAUGGAGUGGCGAGUCCACCCACUUCUCAUCAACAGAACCUUAUGAAUAUGUUACAUACACCGUUGAAUAACCCUUCAAAUAAGUCUACCCCUCCUCCUCCUAUUUUCAAUGUACAAUCCCCCGCUCAGGUCAUCUCACCAAAACAAUCUACCCCACCUAAUGUAUCUAAACUUCCCGAAGUUCAAACAAAGAAAUCUCCUUUCACAUUCGUCAGUCCAUUCGACGUUUUUGAACCACCAAAGAAAAACAUCAAUCUCACUCCUUCAAAACCUGAACCGGUGGCAAAACCUCAAGCUCAGACGCAAGAUGGUGAAAUUCGCCAACGUACCAUUUCUGGUUUACCUUCCUCCAAGAAAAGUGUUCCUCCUGGGCAGGUCAAUUCUGCGGCGGGAUCACCAAGAAAUAAAGCAGAGCUUCAAGCUCCACCUCCUCCUCCGAGACCUAAAGAGGAAGACAGAAUCGUAUCUACGUCCAUUACGACCAGUUCGGGCCCAAAACCUGCCCCAGAGCUUCCCUAUGCAGCAUCCAAGCUCACCAACGGACAGUCGGGUCAAGGACCAAGCAUGCCUAUUCCUCGCACAGUAAUCACAGUUACCGAGGCGAAUCUUGAUAGUCUUUUCAAUGGUCAGGGGGUGGAUAUCUCCCCCGUGACUAAGAUGCGCGCCAGAUCCGACACUUAUUCUCAUGGGAGAACUGUCGGAAUGACCACCGAUUGGUUGGCUUACGCCACUUCCAAAGGUCGAGUACGCUUGGUCGACAAAGCCACAGCUACACCUGCCGUACUCGAAGUGCCUGACCUACGUGAUGGUCAUAUCGUUGACAUGACCGUAUCUCCCACUUCUGUGGCUGUCCUCGGUUCCGAUGGGUCCAUCACCGCCUUUCAAGUUCCCAAGCAAUGGAGUCGGGAGAAUCCUGCGGUUUCCGUCAUGCUGCACGUCAAUCUCACUCACAAUACCACCAUAGGAGUUCCCCGUCAAAUCGAGUGGAUCAAAGACGGUCGUCUCGCUGUGGCGGGCACCGAAGGUGUUUUGCUUGUUUAUCCUCGACAAGAAUCGGCCAAUACCUUUUCUGACCCUCAAGCACCAAUGUUCCGGACUGAUGGGUCUCUCGUAUCUUUCUGUCUGAAUCAAACUCACCAAGCCAUCGGUCUUCUUUCUGAAACAGGUUGGUUCAGUCUAUGGAACACCGCCAGCUUGACUCGUGUCUGGCAUCGACAGCUUCCCACUUCAGCACCAAACAGUUCCAUAUCUUCUGUCACCUUCUGCGAGACCAAUAUCAUCGUCGGUCGAGACCGAAACACCGUACUGGAGUUGCUGCAAAUCACGUCGGAAGUGGCAGUCUUAUCUUCAAUUGAGUUCUCUUCGCCAUACAAUGAUGACACGUCGUUCGCGCAACUCAUCUAUGACGCCUCGAAAGGUGUUUUAUGGGUAGCAUCUUUCGCUCGAUCAAGCCUGUUCGGCUUCAAGUAUGCGCUCAAGGGUCAAGCUCCCGUUAGAAACAUACCGAAAGACACCCCUACUGUUGUGGGCUUCGAUCGUAUGGUGGAAAUUCCCCUGCAGCCCAUUCUGAGUCUGGUCUUGGGAGAAAGACCUGGCGAAGAUACAGAAAUCUUUUUCGUCACUCCUACCGGUCUCGACUCUGCAACAAUCGGUAAAUCGAUCUCCGACACUCUGGCUGGUUUCAGUCAGUCCAUCGUCAGGGAAUCCCCGAGAGCAUCGCAAACUCCAAUUCUGGACGAUAUUGCGAGAGUACGUAAAUCGAGCACUCCGUAUUCGGGCAAUAGAUCUUUAAACCACUCAAGGUCUAGUGUGCAGAGACCUUCGGUGCGGGAUGAUGACGGGGACAUUUCCAACGGAGGAAAUGAAUCGCGGGAAGAGAGUGACGCUGGUCGGUCUAUUCACGAUGUUGAACAAGGAGUCUCGUUGGACCAAAUGGCGAUUCAGAUCCGAGGCUCGGAAGGAAGGGUGAUCAAGUCCAUCAAGGAUAAUUUGGCUACUAUCAAUCAGGAUUUCAAUACUCGGAUCGACAAGAUGUCCACCGAGCUCAGUAAUGAUGUUGCGGGACGAGUCGAACGAUCGAUCAAGGCUCAGCUUCAAACUUUGAUUCAAAAUGAAAUCAAAAAGACCAAUCAAGUUCCAGGAGCUAUCCAUGACGCUCUUCAGUCCGUUCCUCGUGAACUGGAAAAAGCUCUCGGUCCAGCUAUACAACGUUCAAUCUCUACCAUCGUCCACUCCUCCCUCGAUCGAGUAAUCAAUGAAAGUCUUCAAACCAAUCUCAUCCCAGUCAUGUCCACUUCCUCCACUCAAUUGGCCGAUCAAAUGACUUCUGAUCUUAAAGCCGAAAUGUUAGCAUUGAGAAAAGACUUUGAAUUUCCUAUUCGUGAAGCGGCGAGUUUGAGCGAUACGACCUUACGACAGCUCGUCAAUUCCGUUUCAGAACUGAAGACCAAAGUAUCUUCUCUAUCCGAUCAACUCGCUCGUCAAUCUACUCAACCUCUACCUCAAGCCACAACCACCACCGGUCCCGCCCCUACUGGAACAAAUACGAUCCCACCAGUCCAACCCCGUAGAGUCAACGAACAACCUGCAGACGGUGUGAAUCAACAAUACGAAGAUAUGAUAGGGACUGCCUUAUCAGCCCAAAGCACUCAGACUUUGGUAAAUCUCUUAUCGGAACAUUGGGCGAUAGUGGACAGAGCUGUCCCAGCUCAAGGUAGACCUCAAGUUUCUCAAGCUGUUAUUUUUACACUUUUGUAUCAGUUGGGAGUGGCAUUGAACGAAUUGAGUCCGGCGGAUCCCAUGUAUGCGAGGGUUUUGCAUAUGCAAAGAAGGGCCGUUGGUAUCGUGGAGCCUAGGGAACAACUCAUUUCUAGUUUUUUCGGUCAAAUCACACCCAACAUACUCGCCAGUCUCAAUAACGCCGUUCAGACUUUGACAAGUCGAUGGACAGCUGACCCAGUGGUCAUCCAAUACAUUCCUAUCUUAAGGGAAUCAAUGGCGAUCUUGCAACACAAACUGAUGCAACAGUCUAUGGGUCAAUAA